UUAACCUCAAAGCUGCCACCAACUCAUUCUGUGCCCUGCGGGCUGUGGAUAAGAGUGUUCUGCUUCUGAGGUCUGGAGAAGAUCUGACUCCUGAGACAGUGUACUCUCACCUUCCUUAUCAAGAACUUAUAGCUAUUAUUAUAAUGGGUUGAACCUUGACGAUACCCCUAAAGAGCCAUGCGUUGAGCUGAAAAAUACUUUCUUUGAUGGCCAAUACUACAUACCUGUGAAUCUGACUGAUGACGGCAAUGUCUAUGAUGUUUUCAGGAGCUUGGGUCUCAAGGUUUUCACCAACUCUACACUACAAAAGCCCGUUGUAUGCCAAAGCGACUUUGAAUGCAAGAAGAUUUCGUCUGAUUGUCCUGAGAGUGUACCUCCUACUAUGUCUGAAGCAAGACUUGCUUAUGGUGGUCAAACUGGAGCUGGAGGUACAACCACAAGGAGAACAUACUUUCCUGAAACAUUCUUUUGGCAGCUGCUUUGGGUUGAUUCUAGUGGGAAAGCCAGUCUCUCAUACACCGUGCCUGACACCAUCACUGAAUGGGUAGCCAAUGCAUUCUGCAUGAACGACAACAUUGGGUUUGGCCUCUCAGGAACUGCCUCCCUGAUAGCUUUUCAGCCAUUCUUUGUUGAGACGGCUAUGCCCUACUCCACUAUCCGAGGGGAAGAAUUCCUUUUUAAAGGCAAUGUCUUCAAUUACCUGAACAAGUGCAUUGAGUUAGAUGUUGAGCUGGAAGAGUCUCAGGAUUUCAAAGCAGAAAAGCUGUCUCCAGGGAGCAACUCCGUAAGAAUCUGUGCGAAUGAAACACAAUCCUACACGUGGAGAAUUAGCCCUCAAAGACUGGGUAUGGUGAAUUUCACUGUCACUGCUGAAGCCAAAGGAAAUGAGCUGAAUGAUGGACGAAGGGACAUUGUGAUCAAGCCGCUUUUGGUUGAGCCUGAAGGCAUCAAGAAGGAGGUGACCCAGAGCUCUCUGAUCUGCGUAAAAGGUACACCAAUCUCUGAAACAAUAACCUUGAACUUGCCUUCAAAUCUGGUGACUGGAUCAGAAAAAGCUACACUUUAUGUCCUUGGUGACAUUCUGGGCACAGCCAUGAAGAACGCUGAAAAUCUUCUCCCAAUGCCCUAUGGUUGUGCAGAACCGAAUAUUGCCAUUUUCUUGUCCCAUUUAUAUAUUUACUUCUACCUGACUGAUACAAAGCAGCUGACAGAAGAAAAAAAAUCCAGGAUCAUUGGAAAUUUAAAUGCUGGAUACCAGAGGCAGAUGCCAUUCAGACACCAUGAUGGAUCCUUCAGUACUUUUGGGAGCAGGGAGGCAGAAGGAAACCUUUGGCUCACCGCCUUAGUCUACAAAGCAUUUGGACAGAGCUCACCUGUUAUAUUUAUAGAUGAAAACAUCAUGAAACAAGCACUCAUCUGGAUUUCAAGCAAACAGGGGCCAGAUGGCUGCUUCAAGUCGGAUGGGAAAAUCUACAACCAAGCCUUAGAGGAUGGAGCGGAUCAAAAUACCAUACUCACGGCCCAUAUUAUUUCAUCUCUACUGGAGAGCAACCACAAGAGCUCGUAUCCUGUGGUGCGGGCUGGCCUCUCCUGCUUGGAUGCUGCUUCUGAUGGGCGUGUUAGGAGCACGUUGGAAAAUGCUCUCCUGGCCCAUAUACAUGGUUUAGCUGGCAACGCAGAAAAACACAAACAUUUCUUGGACGCCUUGAUGAAAUCUGCUACUAGAAAUGGUGGUCUGCUGUACUGGGAAAGGAAAAAUAGGCCUACAGCAGAACAUUUCCCUUCUUUCUACACUCGUGCAUCAUCUCUUGAGAUUCUGACGACCAGUUAUGCGCUGCUGGCGUGGCUUAACCGACCAAACCUAUCCCAGGAGGACCUGACAAUUGGCUCACAGAUGGCGCGGUGGCUGGUCAGAAACCAAAAUUCUUUAGGAGGCUUCUCCUCCUCUCAGGACACUCCUGUAGCUCUCCUGGCUUUAUCUCGGUUUGGGAAUCUGACCUUCACAAAAGAUGCAGAAAAUACAGUGGACAUCAGUGCUGGGGAAUCUUUUAAGAAGGUUUUCCAGUUGACGAGUAGCAACAGUGUCCUGCUGCAACAGGUUGAAUUGCCCAACAUCCCCGGAAACUACAGUGUGGAAGUGAAAGGUUCUGGGUGUGUCUACAUUCAGACAUCCCUGAAAUACAACAUCAUCGUCCCUGCACAUGGCUCUGGAUUUGCUCUCACAGUGCAGACAAAAAAUGCUUCCUGUGCAGGCAACUUUCUGCCCAGAUUUGAUCUUGAACUGAAAGCCAGAUACACUGGAGAGCGCAACACAUCCAACAUGGCUAUCAUUGACGUCAAAAUGCUGUCUGGUUUUGUCCCUGUCUCGUCAUCCCUACAGAAGCUCCAGAACAAGGUGAUGCGUACUGAAAUCAGAAAUGACCAUGUCUUCUUAUAUCUGGAGAGUGUAUCAUCAAAGGAGAUUUCCUUGACAUUAACUCUAGAAGAAUCCCAUCCUGUGUCCAAAAGCAAACCAGCUGAAGUUCUAAUGUUUGAUUAUUAUGAAACAGAUAUAGCUGCCCAUAGUGAAUAUAACACACCAUGCCACCAAGCGUCAGCUUGAGCCCGAACAAAGAGGAAGCAGGAAGAUCGGAAGCUAAAUCCCUGUGUCUGGUGUGGUUCAGAAAAUCACCUUUCCAGAAAAUCUACUAAAAAUAUUACACUGGGUUGAAAUGUUUUUGGCUGGGAUCUCGCUCCACAUCUUUC